UCAUAACACGAUGGUCGGUCGCUGUGCGAGAGGCUCCACCCACACGUGGAGCAUGUACUUCGUAUCAAACGUAAUUAUAAAUAAACGGGAGUUCACCCAUUUGGAAGUGUAUGGGUGCAGCAAUCCAACCUACCCGUGCCUGCGUAGAAAGCAACGUAUUUAUUGUGUUAUUAAAAAAAAGUGGCAGAAGAAGUGAGUUCUGAACUUACUAUUCUGAACUUACAAUUGCUUCUGGAGGAGGGGCGGGGGGGAAAUGAGACAAAAUUGCAGCGUGCCUGCAUUCUUGAACAAGUUGUGGACCUUGGUGGAAGAUCCAGGGACGGAUGAUCUAAUCUCCUGGAGUCAAAAUGGCACCUGUUUUCAAGUGUCCAAUGAAAGGAACUUUGCAAAGGAGAUCCUCCCCAUGUACUUCAAGCACAAUAACAUGGCAAGCUUCGUCAGACAACUCAACAUGUAUGGCUUCCACAAAGUGGUUCACAUUGGUGUGGGCCUGCCCCGAGAUUUGGAUGAUGCAAUUGAGUUUCAACAUCCACAUUUCAGACAAGGAGAGCCUCAGUUACUGGACAACAUUAAAAGGAAGGUUUCUGUGAGCCGAGUUGAUGACCGUAAACUGAAACAGCAAGAGGUGUUGAACAUCUUGUCAGAGGUUCGACAGAUGAAGGAGAAACAUGACUUGGCUGACGGCAUGAUUCUGGCAUUUAAAAGGGAAAAUGAGGCAUUGUGGAAGGAGCUAUCAACCCUGAAACAGAAGCAAUUACAACAGCACAAAGUUAUCCGCAAGAUCAUCCACUUCAUUGCUAGUAUGGUGCAGUCAAACAGCAUGGCUGGAAUCAAGAGAAAAAUGCCUCUGAUGAUUGGUACUUCUGGAUUACCUCAUUCCUAUGCCAAGUACAGUCGACCCAUCACGAUGGAUUCUAGUCAGGCUGGCACUGCUGUGCAUGACAUUCCGAAAUGUGAAACCUGUGAGAAAAGUAGCGUUUAUCCCGGAGGCGUUAUCAUCUCUGAAAUCACUCAUUUGAUUGGGAGUCCCGAACACUGUUCCGAAGAACAGCACAGUUUUGAGAUUGGAAAGCGGAGAACUGCUGAAGAGCUGUUCAGCACAGACACAGACAACCUGGUUGACACGUCCAGCACAGUGGCUUCACAAUUCACAUCACAUGACCUGUACCACACACUUCUGGGUGAAAACUGUCAAAUGACCACAGAAGACAAUUCUGACCGGGGUGAAAUAAUUGACCAUUUGGAUAUGAUUGACAACAGUUUGGCUCAGAUGCAUUCCUCCCUCAGCGAUAAUCGACUAGACAUCAAUUUGGAUUUACUCAAAGAUCUCUACAACCCAUCGGUUGGAGGAUUAGUAACAACAUUUCCUGAAGUAGGACUGGACAACAGCAAGAGGGUAAAUGGACAAAAAGAUAAUGAUGUACACGAGGAACAAGAUUAUACAGAAUUGCAGGUCAAACAAGGUGAAGUUGAACGUCGAGAUUGCAACAACCUGCCUUUCUCAAAGGAGGAAGUGGAUGAGAUCGAUAUGUUGCCGACCUUACUGGAACUGGCGGAAGAGGCCAGCGAUGUCACAUUUUUCCCCAGCGACAUCUCAAUUUUUGACAGCGACACUUGAAACCAAGGAUGCCAUCCGAUCUACAACUAAACGACACCUGGCUUUUUACUAGAUGGUGCAAUUCUUUGAAAUGGUAGAACAUUGCGUUCCAGCUGCAAAGCAGAAUUUCCUCAUUAACGAGCAGCAAAUAUCUAGGCUCCGUGUGUUCCUUUAGCUUGCACUUAAUGACAUUAGAAUAGCGAGCAGAAUUAUCCACCAUUCAGUGUCCUAAAAGUGACCGCGCUCUUCCUUUUGACAAAAGCUAACAUCAUUAUAAAAGAGACUGCUGUGUGAUAUAAAUGGACAGGUCAGCUUUGGGCUGGUCAACUGGCCGCCUUUAGUGACAUUUCCAUCUCUGCUCCACAAAGUGCUCGAGGCAAACUAUCACUAGAUAUCAACAAGGGUAAUGACGAACUGAAGCUCUGGUAGACAAGGGAAGGGAAGGGAAAGACAACAUAGGAGAUUAUUUAUUAUUAGCUUUUCCUUAUGUUUCUUUGGAAUAGGAAGGAAUAGCAAUACUUUAUUGUCACAUGUGGCUAGGCACAGUGAGUAUUCUUUGCUUGCAUACACAAUGUAUACAAAAUCAGCCAUGAUCAUAUUGAAUGGCGGUGCAGGCUCAAAGGGCAGAAUGGCCUACUCCUGCACCUAUUUUCCAUAGCAGCCACCUACAGCCCUGACAAAGUUACAAAGCACGCUGGCUCCCCCUCUUGUCCCCCACCAGUUCCCCCACGCCCAGUCCCUAUUGUCCAUUGUUCUCCCCCUCACCUCCCUCACGACAGUCCCCCCCCCAUGCCGGGUCCUCCAUUGUUCUUCCCCUCCCCCCUCACAUUGGUUUUGGAUCGCCACCAGCCAUGGGUUUCCUUCUGUGUGCAGUUAGUUGUGUGAUAAUGAAUAUUUAGCAUUAGCUGAAUGCAACAAGCCCACUGUAAAAGCUGUCUCUGUGCAGAGACCUUUGACAUAGGGACCCUUUGAGUUUUGAUUAUUUUGGCAUUUACCUACCUGUUAUUUCCAGUCCUGGUCCUGAUCUGGUCUGUUCAUCCUUAAUUUCCAAAAGGGUUUCACUUGCACAAUUUCUGGUCUUUAUUUUCCUUGUUGCAUCGUGGCAAAUGGUGAAAGUUUGGAAUGUUUUUGUAGCGGGUUAUUUUCUAUGGAAUAGUCAAUGAAAUGGGAGAAUUAAACAUAAAAUGCAGGGAGCACCCAGAAGGUUGGUCAGCACUAGUGCAUAGUUUGACAGAGAAAUGUUGAACACAAUCUUAGCUUACCUGCUGCUGACAGGCCUGCAUUGAUUUCCUAUUUUUGUAUUGAAUUCAGAAUCAAUUUUUGAAAGCAGUUGUAAAAUGGACAGGUUUAAUCAUUUCUUCCACUGUUAUUGUAACAUCUCAGUCUUUGCAUUUCUCCGCUUUCCACACAAACGCAACGCAAUCCCAUUUUGGAUUUCUUCUACUUGUCUAAUUGUAUUGUUAUUCACACAAGUUCUACAGGCCGAACCACACCCAGCCAACUCCAAACAAUUAUUUUGGCUACACAAAAGCCCACAAAGUGCUGGAGUAACUCAGCGGGUCAGGCAGCAUCUCCGGAGAACAUGACUAGGUGACAUUUCAGGUUGAGGCCCUUCUUCAGAUUAUUUUGGCCAGAUUAUUUUGAAGACAAAAUACGAGAAUAUUUUCUGGGGUGAUGGAUUUUAACUUUAAGAUUGGACAGGAGCAAAGGUGGUUGAUCUCCAUGAAGCAGAGAUUGCAAGGAUAUUCAGCUGAGGUGGACAAGUUCAUGAUAGGUGUAGAUAGAGUAAAUCGAGGGAAUCUGAUUCAAGUGGAGGGUGGUUGGGAAUCUAGGGGACGUGGAUUUAAGGUGAUGGCUAAAAGAUGCAAAGGGAAAAAACAUAUUUUACACAGUGAGUGUUUGACAACCUACAUCUCCGUGGCUGUUCGAAUGGUGAGGACAGGCAGUAUUAAAUUACCUUUCAAAGCUUAGCCAGCAAUCUGGCACAACUUUCAGCAUUUAAAAUAUUGUGUGGUGCUCAUGAUUUAUCCAGGCGGCACCCUAUUUAGCAGGGGAAUCACCAUUGCAAGGAUAAUGCUUUACAGAUGCUCUGAACACAUUUUGGAGUAGGGAGGCUUCUGCUAUGGGUUGACCUGACAGGAUGCUGUGUUUAUCAACCCUACGUUAGACCAUGCAAUAGGUCAGUGUCGACGGUAUAAUCACUACAUUGAGAAACUGAAUCACUUUGAUCCAAGACUCUGGACAAAACAAAAUAAGGUUGGCUGACAAAAGAUUCCUGAUACUGACUAAGUUUGGAUUGUGAAGAUGUAGUUGUGAUGAUCAUGUCGCAUGAAUGUCUUAUGCCUGAAUUGCAAGGUUGAUUUUUUUUUUAAAUCACACAUUGACUGUUGUCCAAUAAAAGAUAUAAUGUUUCAUGAAGA